AGAUCGGCAGACCGUUCACAGACGGGACCAACCAACCAACCCGAUCUACCGAUACACGACACGACACAUCCUUUCGUUCACGGACUCUCACGCGCUCGUCGCACGCGAUCCUCAGGGUUUUGUUUAUCAUCCACCGGUUCCACCAGUAGCCACUUCGGCCGCGAUUAUUCGACUCGACUCGACUCCACACGAUUCGACACCACUCGUUCGUCCGAUUCGUUUGUUCGACUACCCGCGGCCGACCGAGAGAAAGUGAGAUCCCGGUGUUUUCGGUUUCGACGGUGAGACGACCAGGCUUCCUGUAUCUCGUACCCGCGAGACUGUACGUACCGCUGGGUCCCCUCUUCUUCUUCUGCUUCUUCUUCGCCGUCCACUGGACCGUAGAUUUUCGGGACGCCAAUCACGCUCGAUCCUCGCACGAUCCGUCCUCGCACCACGUGCCGCUAGAUUACCGAGCGGAGCGCAACAACGCCGACCGAGGUUUCCUCGUGAACCCUAGGUCCUGGUUUAUCAGCCACCUCAGAAGUCACCUCAGUCGUUCAAGUGUAUCCACGGACAGCGAGCGUCCAAGAUGAUACCUUUGACAGCCACCACGUGCUUCCUGAUCGCGAUCACGUUCGUCGCGCUGGUCAUAAUUCUGCUUGAUCACCUACGAUCCAAGAAAUCAUCGAAAGAGGACAUCCUCGACGGUUGGAACGACAGCAUGCCCGAGCCACCCGGCCCGAAACCCUGGCCGAUCCUGGGCUCCCUUCAUAUCCUGGGACGCUACGACGUGCCCUACAAAGCUUUCGGCGACCUUGUCAGGGACUUCGACUGCCAGGUAAUCAAGCUCAGGAUGGGAUCCAUGCCCUGCGUGGUCGUCAACGGUCUGGAGAACAUCAGGGAAGUGCUGACCAUCAAGGGACACCACUUCGACUCCAGGCCGAACUUCGCCAGAUACCAUAUGCUCUUCGGUGGGAACAAGGAAAAUUCUCUUGCUUUCUGCAACUGGUCCGAUGUCCAGAAAGCCAGAAGGGAAAUGCUCCGCGCUCACACCUUCCCCCGCGCGUUCUCCAGCCGCUACAACGAGCUGAACAGCAUCAUCGGUAGCGAGAUGCAGGGUCUCAUCGACUACCUGGACUCCCAGGCGAACACGAGCGUCCACGCGAAACCGUUGAUCCUCCACAGCUGCGCUGACAUCUUCAUCACCUACCUGUGCUCGAAGAGCUUCCCCCUGCAGCACACUGGCUUCCGUAACAUGGUCGAGAACUUCGAUAAAGUAUUCUUCGAGGUGAACCAAGGCUACGCCGCAGACUUCCUGCCGUUCCUGAUGCCACUCCAUCACAGAAACAUGGCUAGAAUGGCACACUGGAGCCACGCGAUCCGCAACUUCAUUGUCAGCAACAUCAUCAACGAGAGAGUCGACAGCUGGAAGGGGCUGGUGAUGCCGGAGAGAGACUAUCUCGAUUGCUUGGUCAAUCACAUGAAAACCGACGCCGAGCCACGAAUGUCCUGGAACGCGACGCUCUUCGUUAUGGAAGACAUCAUUGGAGGACACUCGGCUAUCGGCAAUCUCCUGGUGAAGGUGAUCGGAUUCCUGGCUACCCGGCCGGAAAUCCAAGAACGGGCGCAUGAAGAGAUCGAUGCUACUGGUAUCACUGGAGACUACGUUGGUCUGGAGAACAGAGGAUCGCUGCCCUAUGUUGAAGCUAUCAUCCUGGAGACCAUCAGGAUAAUCGCCAGCCCCAUCGUGCCACAUGUUGCUAAUCAAGAUAGCUCCAUCGCUGGUUACAGAAUCAAAAAGGACACGUUCAUCUUCCUGAACAAUUACGAGCUGAACAUGUCCACGGAGCUGUGGACCUCGCCGGAGGAGUUCAUGCCGGACAGGUUUGUGCAGCACGGACACCUGUUGAAGCCGGAACACUUCUUGCCGUUCGGAGGUGGCAGAAGGUCCUGCAUGGGCUACAAGCUGGUACAGUACGUGAGCUUCGCGAUUCUGGCCACGUUGCUGAAGAACUACAAGAUCGUGCCGGUGGAGAAGGAAGAUUACACGAUACCAAUCGGUAACUUGGCGCUGCCCGAGAUCACGUUCAACGUGCGGUUCGAGAGACGGUAGGGUUGAGAAGGGCUCGUAAACGUUGGUCGCCGGGAAAGGGCCGACCCUUCGAUUCCGACUGCCUCGAAUGAAGGUUCAAACUUCGAUCGGAACGGCUCGAACGUGAUCCGUCGAAGUCUGGCCCCGCGAGACACCGGGGCCGUCUUGAAGGACGAGCCGAAGAGUGGGUUGUCAAUUAUCAUUAAUCUCCUUUAGACGAAGCUCGGAUCAGUUUAGGGAAGAUCGACCAGGACUCGAUCUUUAUCGGCAACGAAAGCUUUACUGACAUUACUAGGUGUUUAAGCUAGCUAAUUUGUUGAUCGUCCCUCGACGCGUGAACUCGCUCCGCCGGAGCGAAUCGAAGACGAUCAGCCACGAAUAUCAGGAGAGAUGACUUGGACUGAUAACGAAGAGGACUGACCUCGCGAGACGCUGCGAAUUAAUCACGGAGAAAUGCUGUCGUUCUGGCGAACGCUUUAGGUAAACCUUGGCCCGCGACGAUCACGAAUCUCUCGCGUCUUUCCCAAGGGAGAUCGAGUUGCCGGCGAGAUUUUCUGAGAAAACCACGCUCGGGCUCGGCGUCGAGUCGUGUCUGUUUGCUUGUCAGCCGCGUGCUCGCCGCGAGAACUUCGGGGAACGGAUCAAAUCCCGCGACGAAGGCAAACGGAAGGCACGCGAUCGCGGGGACAACGUUCAGGUUGAUUAGGCUGCGGUAAACUGGAUGUUUUCGGACGAAUCAGUGUUCUUAAGAACUCGAUGCGUCAAAAUCAAGUAUACAUGCCGAUUCUUCUAAACGUUUCGACAUUUUUAAUCAACGCAUCCAGUUAACCGUCGCCUUAUUCUUCUCUAUAAUCUAUUUAUCGAAUAGCUCCAUUAACCCCUGGCCGCGUAAUUUUCUUUGCGACAUUCUCGUCGAAUUCGUUUCAUGUUAAUCCUUUGCACACGGAAGUUCUACAGUAGAAAUAUUUGAAUAUCUUCUGAUGAGAUAAAAACGAUAUUUCGUGAAACUAACUGGAAGAGAAAUCAUACGUACAUUGAGGAACAAAGCUAUUUUAUUUCAAUAUUUUUCACAAGGUAUAAUAUUAAAUAUCGAAUUUUAUAGUUUUACCGUAUGAAGUCUGAUGAUGAACGAGAGUCACCUCUCGAGUGCAAAGGGUUAAUAAAUUGAACUGCAUAUUUUCACCGUGAAUCUCGUCAUAGUACAGCAAAUAUUAUCAGUCAGCAAGGGGUUAAUCGCAGGUAUUCUUCAGAAAUCGAUCCGCCGUGUCUCCUUCGAUCGUCACGAUCGGCGACGAAUCGACCGAUGAUUCACGGCUCGUAUCGAGAUCCAUGGAUCAAAAAUCGCCGAGCGCCGCGGAUCUGAUGUUGACCCAGCGAUCACGUACCGGCAUCGUCGUCUGAUAACGAAACCUGAUAGACGAGAAACCGAGGGAAAACGUGAUCGGUCGAAGCAGGCCGAACCGCGACGAUUUCGCGCGCGAGAAAACAAUCAAAGGAUGGUUGAACACCUCGCGGCCCCUCCAAGAGGGAGAGAGCCUUAGGUCCCAACGUUCAAAUCGUUCGCGGUAUUCCGAAAUACUCGAGCAGAGCGUAUCCACGUCGCUGUUGAUCCAAACAUUGAUCGUUGCUCGCGAAACCGUGACGAGUUCGAAUUCUUUCUUGUUGUUCGUCUGAGGGUGGGCGGUGUGACUGUUGAUUCUAUACCUUUUUUUACAAUCUCCUCGUUUCCAGUUUCUAAGAAGCUGUUCAAGAGGCUCGUUCCCGAGAACGAGGUAAAAGCGAAGACCAAAGUGUUGAGCCGAAUUUGUUGAGAAGUUUAAGCGUCUAUCGGAAGCGAACUCGUCACGGUUUUUUGGGGAGGUUCCUUUUUUUUGUGGUCGCCGGAGACCAGGCCGGAUCACGAGAAAUGUUGGAUCGACGUUCGACGCAUUGGUCCAUCGUAUCGCUGGGAAAAGUUUUUGUUUUUUUUAACGGGAACGUCGCACCGAAGCGUACAACGUAAUAAUUUUUGUUAAUCUCGUUUCUCGACACCACCCUCGAACAUCGUUCUUUCUUUUCUCCUUGCUACAUCAUCGUUUUAUCAUCUCUUGUAAAAUUCCUCUGGAUUCCUUUCGAGCGAACGCCUCGUCCUCGAAUUAUUGUGAAUUCGAGACGGUCGUCGCGGAAACGGGAUAGAGAAUGAUAAAGAACGAACGAGUUCGAGUGAAACGAGGAAUGAAUUUUAUUGUAAUAUUCAAUUAUUACACGACUGAACAGUUUUUCUCAAAGAGAAACAUCGUCUGUUCGCGGGCCACCCUCGCAGAUAAUAAUUUAUUUCUGCUAUUGAGCAACGGUUCUUAUUAUUAUGUUAUUAUUAUAUUAUAUUAUUAUUAUUAUUAUUAUUAAUAUUAUUAUUAUAUUAUUAUUAUUAUCGCUUACUACUAUUAUCAUCACUAUUAUCAGUAGUUAGAUGUAUCAUCACGGUCUCUAUCCCCCAUGUUCAUGCUUCCAUGUCCGCACGUUAUUUUAUGUUUGUUAUUUAAUUAUCGUGAUUGU